UGGGAAAAGAGGUGCAAAGGGUUGCAGAAAAGUGUUGCCAGCUGCGGGGCCGAUGGCGAAUUAUGGUUGCGAGCCCGUCUCCUUGGGUUCUCUUCGACAUGGGAAGCAGCACCACCAGCGCUCUCAUCACCACCUUUCCUGCAGUUCCAACCCUUCAAUCUGCACCAGCCGGGCACCUCUGCAGUUGCCCGCCUCUCACCGUCCGUCCUCCCGUCCCGCAAGCUACCAGGGUCCUGGAAUCUUGGGGCAGCUAUUUGUGUUGCCAUCUUCGCAGCCUUUAUCCCAGGCUUCCUACCACGUUCUUCAGGUUGUUGAACUUUGGUUCGAUAUCCAAUUGAGCUGGAAGAAGACAGCCGCAAUCAAGCAUAUCCUCCUGGGUGUUUGAAAAUAAUGGCUGCCAACGACCAAUACAGACCGGAGGGCGAAGAAGACCAUAUUUCGAAGCUCGCUUUCACUGCUGUUGCUGCACCAGGGUCCACCGACGAGUCAACACGACCCCCUCACGAGAUACGAGAUCUUGAUCAGUAUGUUCCUAAGGGAGCGCCAGCAACCAAGAAAGAGGUCUUUUCCUACUAUUCAUAUUAUGCUGGAAACAAUGGCAUUGGAUCAUUCCAAUACUCCAAUCUACUUUUCCAGAACUUGAUCUAUCAAGCAGCAUUCAAUCCCAAUGUCGAACCGCUAGGCAGCUCGUCCUGCGACGUCGAUCCAACCGCACCGUGUCAUGUAUUCUGGGGUGGUGGCAAUAAGACGAAAGCAUAUACAUCUGUGAUCUUGAUCGGAAAUGGCCUGACUUUCCUGGCACAAGCAAUCGUAUUCAUUGGAAUUGGUUCUUUGGCAGAUUUCGGUAACUGGAAUCCAUGGGUUGUGAGAGGAUUCUCCGUCCUCUGUUGGGCUUUCGAAUUCGGGUUUCUGGGUGUCACUACCGCUUCGAAAUGGCGAACCGCUAUGGCUCUUUAUAUUCUAAGCAGCAUAACGUUCUGGGCUUCUUAUGUCUUCUUCAAUGCGAUCUUCCCUAAACUCGCGCACGACCUUCCGGAAGUUCGACUAGCCAGAGAGGAGUUUCUGAACGGCAGCAUAAACGAAGAUGAGUUUGAGCGCAAAUGCUCGAUGGCACGUUCGAAGAUCAUGAAUAUGAGUUAUGUCUGGAACAACAUUGGGUUCACAGUCUGCUGCGCUCUUUCGCUUGGGGCCCUUUUUGGUGUUGGGGCCAAUGACUCCACACAACAGAAUAAUUGGGGUUACUCAGUAUCGGUGGCAGUAUGCACUGGAUUCUGGAUCGUUUUCGCUAUUCCAUGGUUCCUAUGGGAAAAGAAGCGUCCGGGACCGAGUUUACCUGCUGGUGACAACUAUCUCACGUUUGGAUUCAAGCAGACAUGGUUUGCAGCAAAGCAGGCAUGGACUUUAAAACAGACGUUUGCAUACUUGGUCGCUUUCUUCCUGCUCGCUGACGGUAUUAACACUACCAUCACGCUCGUCUCGAUCUCUCAAACGCAAGUCGUCGAGUUUUCGGCGACUUACAAUACAUACUUGAUCAUGGUACAAGGAGGAUCCGCUGUGGUUGGUGUCUUUGGCGCAUAUCGGCUCCAGAAAAUGUUCAAUCUUCGAACCAAGACAAUGCUUCAGUGGACCAACGCUGGCGCCGUUUUGGUGGGAUUGUGGGGUAUGCCUGGUAUCUGGACCACAAAAUUCGGAUACCACAAUCUCUGGGAGUUCUGGUUCUACAACGCACAGUAUGGCUUCACGCUUGGAGCCCAGUUCUCCUAUGGUCAAGCUUUUAUGGCUGAACUGGUGCCACGUGGAAGGGAAUAUAUGUUUUUCAGCUUGCUGGGCAUUGUGUCAAAGGGCUCUGCCUGGAUUGGUCCUAUCGUAGCCAGUGCUAUUGUGGACCGUACUGGUAAUCAGUGGACCGCAUAUCCUUGGGCAGCUGCGUUGACGUUCUUUCCAUUCAUCGGUAUAUUCUUUAUCAGUGAGGUUAAGAGUAGAAAGGAAUGUGCCGAGUAUCUGGCAAGAGAAGCGUCCAGCUUGCGAAAGGUGGCUGAUGACCAGUCCGCCGACACGAAGGACUACGAUGCCAAAAACUUUUGAUUUUGAUUAUAUAGAGAGAGAGACAUUGUCUAAUAUAGUAUCUAUUCGGUACAAAUGCUCGGCUUCCCGGUCUCAGUCUCCAGGUCUG